AAUGCAAUAUGAUCCAAAUGAUUCAACUGUUCGGGAUGUUGAAGCGGUGAGUCAAGAAAGCGGUGGGAGUGGGGCAACCUUGGGUGAAAGCCUUAGGAGUUUGGAUGUUGAGAUCGGAAGUGCUGAUGGACAUGAUGAUGGUGGAGAAAGGCAUGAUGUACAGCCAGCUAUACGCUCAAGAAGAGCAAAUUUGUCACUUGUGCCAUCUUCAACUGGGCGAGAAGCUUCUCUUUAUAGUGUAACUGAGGUUCCUGAGAACUCCGGUCACGAGGCUGAGCAGGAUAAUCCACCAGAGGAGCAACCAGUUAACAGGGAUGUUGCUUCUAGUUCUAUUGAUCCUGCAUUUUUAGAUGCCCUACCUGAGGGACUGCGAGCUGAAGUCCUUUCAGCUCAGCAAGGUCAAGCGCCAGAACCUUCUAGCAAUGAACAGCAGAAUUCUGGAGAUAUUGAUCCGGAGUUUCUUGCUGCACUUCCUGCUGAUAUCCGAGCUGAAGUUCUGGCACAGCAACAAGCACAACGGGUUCAUCAGUCUCAUGAACUUGAAGGUCAGCCUGUCGAGAUGGACACCGUUUCAAUAAUUGCAACGUUUCCUUCGGAGUUGCGAGAAGAGGUGUUGCUGACGUCAGAUGAUGCCGUUCUUGCAAAUUUAACACCUGCACUGGUUGCGGAAGCAAACAUGUUACGUGAAAGGUUUGCUCAUCGAUACCAUAACCGUGCACUUUUUGGUAUGCAUCCAAGACAUCGUAGAGGGGAGGCAUCCAGGCGAGGUGAAGGUGUCAUAUCUGGAAAUGAGGGGAUUGCUUCUCGUAGGUCUGCUGCAAAGGUUAUAGAGGCCGCUGGAGCUCCCCUAGUUAACACUGAGGCACUCCAAGCAAUGAUUCGUGUUCUUCGGAUAGUUCAGGUAGUUACCUAAUGCAUUACU